AGUAAAGGCAUAUAACAGGGUUAGUCUGGGCUGGGUGUCAUACGCUGGGUCUACCUACACUUGCUGACAAACCACGUAUUAAGAUGGCUUCGGGAUCAGAGACAGGAGAAGUCAGGGAAGGGGGUGACACAGAGAUUAUGAAUGAGGGCAGGGUCGAGGAUGAGAAGGGGAAGGACUACAUAGACUGGGAGACGUACUUCAUGGCCAUGGCACUCGUCUGUGCAGAAAGAAGCAAAGACCCCAAAACGCAGGUUGGAGCGUGUAUUGUGAACAAAGACAAAAGGCUCGUUGGCACUGGUUACAACGGAAUGCCCGAUCGCUAUUGA